UUCACAUGUGAGCAUGGGCUGCCGCGGUUCUAAAAAGCAGAGCGGGAAGAUCGAAGAGGAGAAAACUGAGAAAAUUGAGGCUGGUGCACUGCCAAAGGUGGAACCCCGCUUCCGCCACACCCGCCAUGUCAUAGACCGCCAGACUGGCAAGACCUUCAAAGAAGUCAUACCUGGCCCGGUGUGGUCGACCUUGAAGGGGUUGUAUGUCACAUCAGCAUGUGGUGUGGUUCCUGCACACCAUCUCAGAUGUUGCCUCCGAAGGUUGACAGAGCACGCCGGUCGAAAGAUGCGCUCUCGAUCUAGCCAAAAGGACAUUCGGAAGUUUUGUGAUGUUUACAACAUCGAUUUGGACGAGGUACUAUUACCUCUCAGUGAGUUCGCAACCAUGAAUGAUUUUUUUACUCGUGAGCUGAAGCCUUCGGCUCGCCCAAUCCACAGUUCAGAGGAACCUGGAGUUUUCACCAGCUGCGCGGACUGCCGGUUGAUUAUUUUCCAGACCUUGGAGGAAGCAACCAGUAUAUGGAUCAAGGGCCUGAAAUUUUCCCUCACUGAGCUGCUGGGAGAAGCUGUGGCAAAGCCCUUCCUGGAAAAGCCAGGUUGCUCCGUUGCUGUUUGCCGUUUGGCUCCCCAGGACUACCACCGUUUCCAUUUUCCUUGUGGACCCGGGAAGGUGCUGGACCAGUCCUACCUAGCUGGCGAGUACUACUCGGUCAACCCUGUGGCAAUCAACAAUCCCAAGGUUGACGUUCUUACCGAGAACUGUAGAUCAGUAACUAGGCUACAACAUCCAAACUUUGGCCAAGUUGCAUUUGUAGCAGUUGGAGCUACUUUGGUUGGUUCGGUUCAACUUCUCAAAGAGGCGGACUCCAUGUUUGACAAGGGAGAGUGCUAUGGAUACUUUCAGUAUGGCGGCUCCACAUGUGUUAUCAUCACGGAGCCGGGCGCGGUUUCCUGGGAUGCUGACUUGUUGGAUGCAUCUGCUCGUGGCUUGGAGACAUACGUCCGAAUGGGAGAGCAAGUUGGUGUCAGUCCGGCUCCAGCAUGACAUAGGCUCAUGUAGAAUGAUGCGCACAGCCGCGUAGAACAAAGAAGACGGGCUGAUUGUAUCUAUAUACUCGUUAAUUUUGC